AUGGAUUUUCUUACAAACGGAUUUCAACAAUUGUUUGCCGAAUUAGAAGAUGAUAUUCAAGAGAACUUCAAAUCUUAUACAUGUGAUAUAACAUCAUCAUUAUCAUCACCAUCAACGUCACCGUCUUUGCCAUCUCUAACAUCAUCUUUUAAUACACGAACAACACCAAUUACUGAUACUUUUGAAAUAACAACAGCAUAUGAAAACAAUUACUUAAAUGAACAAAACUUAUUAUCAUUGGAUUUUGAUUGGGAAAAUCAAUUUCUAGACAAUUACAUCGAGUUACCUGAUUUCGUUAAUUUAUUACCAGAAAAAACUCCAUUAUGCAAUGAUUCUUGUAAUCUUUUUUUAAAGGAAAGUUCUGAAAAUUUGAGUAAAUUUCGUCAAACUAAUGAUUCAAUUAAUUUAAAUAAUGAAAAAAGAAAUAAAAAUGAAAAAAAUAAUAAUAAUGAAUCAAUAAAAAUUACAUUUCCUUGCACAUGGGAGUCUUGUGAAAAAGUUUAUGCAAAACCAGCUCAUUUGAGAGCACAUUUAAGGCGACAUUUGGGCGAUAAACCAUACAUAUGUAAUUGGCCAAAUUGUACGUGGCGUUUUUCAAGAUCUGAUGAACUGGCUCGACAUAAAAGAUCACAUUCUGGAAUAAAACCAUUUAAAUGUAUUUAUUGUCCAAAAUGUUUUGCUCGAUCGGAUCAUUUGGCGAAACAUCGAAAAGUCCAUGAAAGAAAAAUGGCAGCAAGUAAAAUUAAAGGGAUAUAUAUACCAAAUUUACACCAAGUUAGACCAGGACGCAAACCAAAAAAUGGUCAAUAUUAUUAGUUUUUUUCAAAUUUAUUUUAAAUUUAAAUUAUGUAUGUAUAUUUUUAAUAUUUUUGCAAAAGGAUUUGU